UUCUCACGCUCUUAUUUUCUCUCAACAAGUGUGUUGUGAUGAGAGAAUCCACAUCUUUCUGGAGGAUGUUUAGACGCCGUAUAAGACACGCGGCGUCUAAGUCAACACUGAUCAGACAAAAUGAUGUUGGCAACUGGCUGCCGUACAUGCAGUCGUACAAUUCAGUAUUUGAAGAGAGGUUAUUGUAUCAGAAUAGUUCGGAUUUGGAACUUGAUAUUGAUUUUAAAGAUGAAUUUGGCAUGGAUGCUGAAAACGGUAAUACAUCUGCAACCAAAGUGGAGGGACAGGAAGAAAUUGUUGAGCUAUACAGAGUUGUUGUUCCGAUUCUCCUGGCAGCUUGUUGUCUGUCCUUUUUCUUCAACCUUACCAUGGUGUGCAGUGUCAGAUGCCUAAGAAGGAAGAUAUCUCCUACCAUUUGUCUAAGUCUGUCUCUUGCUAUGGCAGACGCCUAUGCGUCUCUUGUUGUUGGCCUUGGAUUGCUGGUGAACAGUUUGCUGCCUAUAGUUUAUGGAAUUGAACUGGGACCGUUGAGUUUUUGUUUCAUUUUAUCAUUGGAAGCUUUCAGACUGGGUGGUUUAGUUGUGGCUGUCCUGCACUUACUUGCUCUGGCUGUGAAUCAUUACAUCGGCAUUCUCCGACCUUUACACUAUGCUCAUAUUGUAACAAGAGAGACAACGAUUGUUGGUAUUGUUAUUAUGUGGAUAUUUCCUGUGGUGUUUUUCUUAGUGUACUUUGCAUCCAUCCCAAGUGAUGGAUUUCAGUCUGAGCGAUGCACCAGUUAUAAUUUUCUUUUGUAUUCACCUUUCCGUGUUACCACAUCAGUCAUGUUUUUCUUUCCGUUAGUUCUGAUGACUCUCAUGUAUUCGCAUAUGUUUAUUGUCGUGCGCCAACACCAAAAAGGUUUGCUUCAGUGUCCAUCUACAAGGCAGCUGCACAAAAAUGUCAAAGCCAUCAUAACAACUCUACUUAUACUAGGGACAUACAUUUUAGGUUGGAUGCCCGCAGUGAUGUUCUUCGUCCUUACUUGUCUAGAUUGCACCGUGCCAUUCACAACGAUUCCGUUAUCUUUGAGAGUUCCCGUUGGGAUUUUCAUUAACGCUAUGAUUGUAGCGAAGUCGUUUGUGGACCCAGUCAUUUAUGUGGUGCGAAUGCCAGAGAUUAAGUGCGCCCUAAAAGCGAUAUGGAUCACGAGGUGUGGUCAUCUUGGGGAGUAUUCCACUCCCUCACAUUCCAGAACGGAUACAAAGAGAUUGACUCUCCAAACAUCCCGUCGAAGAUCAAGAUUAAGUGCCAAGAACGGUUCUCUGAACAGUAAAAACGAGAUGCCAAAUACCACGAAAAACGUUUUGUCAAAUGGUAUUGUGAAAGAAGCCAUUGUUCUGUGAUGCGCGUGACUUUUAUAAACCUCUUUACAAAUUGAUGAUCACUCUUCGAUGUGAUUUUGUAAAUUGUAGGAAAUAACGCUUCUGUGACGUUCCUGAAAAAUGUGAAAAACGUAAAACCUCAAAACAUUUCUAGAUUUUCCAUUUAUUACUUCUCAAACGCACACAUAAUUAUGAUUAUGAUUUGUUAAUAAAAUAAGAGACCUGGUAAGUACAAAUAUUUGUUAGACAUUUUUUGAUUGUUUUAUUAUUAUUUUUGUAGCACAAUUGUGAAACGAGUGUAUUUGCGUAGGUCUGUAUGAAGGGAAGAAAAAAGUCUAUUUUUAAAAUUUAUUUGCUGUUUUUAUUUGAUUAAUAUUCUUCUUAUAAUGUUAUGAAUAUGCUGUAAUUCAGUGUCUUAUAGUUGUAGAGUUUUCCACAUACAUUAUUCAUUAGGAUCCAUACUUCUUAGAUCUUCGAUGUUUUAAAUCAGCCUUCUUUAGCUUUGUAUUUGGGUCACAUACAUCAAUUUUUAAAUUGCAAAAUAUAAUGUUCAUUAUUUCCUACAAUUAAAGAUUAAAAAAUAAUUAUUCAUGAAACCAUGCAGAUUUGAAUUUUAGAACAAAAUAUUAGAAAUAAUUAGGCAUAACUAGCACUCGUUUUUUUUAAUGCCUGUUUUUAUUUCUAACAUGUUAUUCUAACUGUAUACUUUUCGAGUCAGAAUAUUUUCAUUCUAAAAUGACCUCCCGACCAUUCUUGUUCCGACAUUAGUGUAAAAAUAUGGUUGAAAUAAAAAAGUUCCAGAACUUCAGUUCGAAAUUGUUUUCUACUAUGGUUGUAACUGCUUACAAAAAUGUCAUGUUUUAGAACAUCAAUAAGUUAUAAUAGUGUUGGUCAUGUUUGAUGCAUUACACAUGCAAAAAUGUUGAAAAAAAUUGAUUUUUAAAAUUAACACUUAUGAUUAGUGAUGCAUUUUUAAUAUUUUGCGGCAAUGAACAUAGGAGGUCCUUCCUUUAAUAACUGCCAAUUUAGUUUUACCAUUUUAGCUUUAUCAGCAUGUUACUGUUUUUUGCUUUGUUUUGUUUUGUUAUGAAACAUUUGUGAAAACAUGUAUUUUUAUUUAUUUUCUUAAUGCGUGUAUCUUAUCCUUUUUUAAAGUGUAUUGGAAAAAAAUAUAAAAUACAUAAAAAUUAACAUUACAACAUAACAUACAUUAGUUAAUAAUUUUCCUCCUUAAAAUGAUUGCAUUAUGCUUCAAUUAAAUGCAUCGAAUUAUUCUGGUAGAUUAUGAAAAAGCAAUAAAUUUCAACAUUAUAAGGAGUUUUUUUAGAAGAGCGCUGAAACGGAAUGAAAUACAGCCAAUGACAUCAUUAAUAUUUCAGUAUGUUAUACAUAUUUGAUUAACUAUACUUCAUUUAAUUAUGAUUUUAUUACUUCAAUUUAAAAAGACAUUGCAAUCGUAUUUUAUGGCUCACAGAAUUUCUAUUUUUUAAAAAAUUUCUUAUAUUUGGCAGUUAAGUUAAUAACAUCAUCUGUUUUCUAUUUUCUUCCCAUUCCCCUCAUGUUAAUUCAAAGAGUAACUGCAAGCAAAUGCAGAGUGAUUGUUUCAAUUUGUCAAUAAUCUUAAAUUUCAGUUACCUUUCUAAAAAUAAAAGAUUUAUCCUUUAAUAUUUUGUGAGAUUUGAACAAUUCAUCGGGAACCGAAUAAAAUUCUUAUAAUUUUGAAAUUACUUGUUUUCUUCUAAUUUAUAUAAAGUAAUCAUUUAACAACCAGUAAUAUUUGAA